GACCCCAAGAGCUCCCCUCUGCUUCCUCCGGACCUGUUAAAGAGUCUGGCUGCCUUGGAGGAGGAGGAAGAGCUGAUUUUCUCUAAUCCUCCUGAUCUUUACCCAGCUCUGCUGGGGCCUCUCGCCUCUCUUCCUGGACGAAGCCUCUUUAAGUCCCUGCUGGAAAAACCAUCAGAACUGAUGUCUCAGUCGUCGUCUUUCCUGUCCCUUAGUGGCUUUUCUCUUAAUCAGGAAAGAUAUCCAAACAACAGCAUGUUCAAUGAGGUAUAUGGGAAAAACAUGAAUACCAGCACAAAAACAGAAGUCACCCCUUCGGUUGCCCACCAGGAGACUUCACUAUAUUCUCUCUUUGAAGGGACUCCGUGGUCUCCAUCCCUUCCAGCCAGCUCAGAUCAUUCGACACCAGCCAGCCAGUCUCCUCACUCCUCCAACCCCAGCAGCUUGCCAAGCUCCCCUCCAACCCAUAACCACAAUUCUGUUCCCUUCUCCAACUUUGGACCCAUUGGGACUCCAGACAAUAGAGAGAGGAGAGUCGCAGACCGCUGGAAAACAGAUAAACCAGCAAUGGGAGGGUUUGGUCUGGACUAUCUCCCAGCGACAUCAUCAUCUUCGGAGAGCAGCUGGCACCAGUCCAGCGCUCCCAGUGGCACCUGGGCGGCCCAAGGUCCCCCCACUAUGGAGGACUCCUCAGCUGUGCUUAUGGAGAGCCUGAAGUCCAUCUGGUCCAGUUCCAUGAUGCACCCUGGACCCUCAGCCCUGGAGCAGCUGUUAAUGCAGCAGAAGCAGAAGCAGCAACGUGGACAAGGCACCAUGAACCCGCCGCAUUGAGACAAGAGGUGGCAACCCUUGCAAACGAAGGCUCCAUAAACCAUGGCAUGUUGGGUUUGCAGGACUGGCCCACACGGUCCUGCGCAGGUGGCAGCCCUCUCUUCUGUUCCUUGCCGUCAGGAGGGCGUAAGUGCUCCACCGACCCACUGAGUGUGCACAAAACGUCUGCAGUGCAAGAAAACAACAUCAGGAACUCUCCCAUCCCUGGGCCCUCUGGAAGGAGAGAGGAACUG